CCGCUGAAAGACAAAAGUCAAAAAUUAACAAAUGUCAUCCGCUAUCCAUCGUCGUGUCACGAAAUCGGAGAAAAUAAACACUUUUCCCGAUUUAUUUAUUAAAAAGUAAUAAAGAACGACUGUUAAAAUGGUGUCGAGGAGUUUAACUGAAGUGUUUGUGUUGAUGCGCAACAAUGCGAUACACAGCCGGCACAUAUUCGCGGACCAGCACAAUGACUCGGAGCGCGUGCGUCUCAUGCGCAGCAGCAGUCACGACAUGGAGGCGGGGCUGGAGAUGCGGAGCGACUCGCACGCGCCGCCGCCCUGGACUGAUGCGCUGGAGGAGGCACAUUAUGUUAUUACUAGGCUAAAAACAAAGCUAUCAGAGCUACAGUCCCGCCACGAGAAGCAGAUCCGUCGUCCGGCGCUGGACGACACGACCGAGCAGCAACACAUACAGCGGCUGACUGCGGAGAUCGGCCGACACUUCACGCAUGCGCACACGCAUCUCACUGCUAUUAAAGCGCAGAUACGACACGGUAACAAAACCGAGCAAAAGCUAGCGACGAACGUGGUCCUAGCAUUAGUCACGAUACUCCAAGAUCUGAGCAUCACCUUCCGCACAGCCCAGUCGAACUACCUGAAAUCCCUCACUUCUCGAGAGGAACGCUCCAACGCUUACUUCGAGUUACCCAACUUUGAAGAGCUGAGUCUAGACGACAGUGAUCUACUGCCAGGUUUGUCCAACAACCAAACUGAUCUACUAUUCUCCUUACCCAGUACUUCAGGCACGCAGAAAUUUGAUGAUGAUGACUUCGCACGACCAGCGAUGAGUCAGAAACAAUUACUGCUGAUGCAGGAGGAAAAUACUAGAGACGUAGCUGAAAGGGAAGAGGAAGUCAACAAAAUAGUCCGGUCUAUAGUUGAUUUGAACGAUAUAUUCAAAGAUCUAGCUCAUAUGGUGAACGAACAGGGCACGAUAUUAGACAGGAUAGAUUAUAAUAUAGAGCAGACGCAAGUCCAAGUCCACGAAGGCUACAAACAGCUGCAAAAAGCUGAAAGAUAUCAGAGAUCUAAUAGGAAAAUGCACUGUAUCCUCAUGUUAGGGGUUACUAUCAUAGUGUUAGUAAUAUUACUAAUCAUAGUUAAGAGUUAGUCGCAGUUCAAUAAGCAGAAAUUGCCUUAUUUUUCGUAGUCGAUAGCCGAACGGCUGGACCGAACUAAGGAGUAGUUUAACCUUUCCAAGAUUAUAGUUUAAUAUUCCAAAUUAUAGAGAUAGUGAAAUGUUGACUUGUUAUUUAUAGUUGACGUACUACAGUGACAAAAUUAUUUACGAUAUGAAUACGUCGUUGAAAUUGACACAACUCGAGACUCGACAGUACCUAAUUAGUUGAUACAAUGGUUCUGUAAUACAUAUAAGAAAUAUUUUGAACAAUAUCACCGGGCUUCCUCUGUGAUAGUAUAAGAUUGAAGAAGACAUGAUGAAGAGAUUUUAGAUACCAUGAAACUGGCAUCUCUGAGAAUAAGACAAAAAUUAAAUACUAAAUCCAAUUUGUCUUAAAAAAUGAGUAGUACUAACGUCUAGUGUUUGUUUUGUGCCUAUAUCAUAAUACUACAGUAACUAUAGAAUAAACCAAACCAGUUUUUGAUGAAGCUGUAAGUGAAUUUUCAUUGAGAAAUUAAUUGUAAUGAUUAAAGAUUCGAAUAUCUGUAUAUACGGCCAGCGACCACAUUGUUUAAGCUAGGGUAACAUUUUCAUUGAUAGUUAUCUGAUUGGGUCUGGAUUUAUUUAAACCAAGAAAUUAAACUAGAGUCGCCAUUUAUAACGUGACCCAUCUUCUGUUGUUAUCUUGGAUUGUCUUGACUGGCGCCAAGUACCUACUCUGUACUUCUAUUCUUAAAGUAUGUAUAAACGAUAACUUUUAAGUUCUUCUAUCCUGAAAGUAUGUGUGAACCGCCAAACGUAAUGGCGGCUCGGAACAUAGGACCGGUAUCUGUGCAAAAACCAUUUAAAUACCAGCGGAUAAUCGAAGUGCGAGUGGUAUAGGCAACAUGCGCGAACUAGCUCAGAAUUUAGUUUCAAGUCGCCAUUGCGUUUGGCGAGAACUAUAUCUGCAAGUAUAUAAACUGUGGCACCACUUUCCGUCACUUGGACGGGUGUUUUCCUGGCCCAAUGGAAUAACUUACUUAAAUUUCUUUGUUGUAUAAACUAAUGCACAUAUUCUAGUCUCUAUGUCUAUAUUGUAAGAUAUUUAUUUAUUGUAAGUAAGGCGUAUUUAUUGCAAUUAAAAGUUAAACAGUGUGUGAGUGGUAGAUUGUUCUUGAGCAGGAAAUAUAUAAAACAGAAUAAAAUAUACCAAUUCUUCUUUUGUUUGUGUAUAGAAGAGAAAACUCUGUUGGUAUUCUGGUAGUAGAAGAGUUUUUAAGGCAGCCAGUUUUCCCCCUAAUGUGUGUAUUAAAUGUACCUACUGAAACCUAUUUAAGUUUUUGCAAAAAAAUGUAUUUUUUUCUGCUCAAGUAAUAUCGUUAAAUGUUGUUAAAUGCGUGAUAGUGUGUGUGCCAAUGUUGCCAAGUAAACAGACAAAUUCCAAUAUAUUGUAAAUUCGAAUUACUUAUGUUAUUAUUGUUUUGGUUAAAAUGUGUAUUAUAAAAUUACUUAAUAAUUUAUUCCAAAAUGUUUCUCAGUUAUUUUUAAAUCGUUUGAACAAAUAAGUGUUGUGUGAGGAGAAAGGACAUUGAAAUUAUGUUUCGUUAAUGUGUAUGUGAUUGUGAAGAUUAUGCAAAAGUUAAUGAAAUGAUGCGGUUAUGCCUACCCCUAAGAUGUAAACUUUUGUAUGUACCUAAUGUAUUUAUUUACGAAGUUGUGUAAAUAUUGUUUUCUUAUAAAUGACAUCAAAGUGAUAAUAUAAACAAAUAUUUAAAGCA